GCUACACACACUAACAUCACAGUAGCCGUCGCUUGUAUAAAGGAGGGUGUUUGGAGGACCGUCAAAACAGACACAAUUUGACAAGCUAGCAGAGAACUCCAACAUUGAGUAAUACAUACAAAGAACCCAAUGACCGUGUUCCCCCAAACAUGCUUAUCUUAGUCACAUCACCAUCAAGGGAACUGCAUCCACUCAACAUUGACAUGGAGGACAACAGAAGAAAGCAGACAAAGGGAUGCGACUUGAGGUCCCGACUACAACGCAGAUCUUCCCAUGCCCCUAACACUGAACGACUUAGUACUGAGGAAAUUAUCCUGUGGUCCCAGUCUUUGGAGAGACUUCUCACAUCAAAAUAUGGCAUGGCAACAUUUCAGGCCUUUCUGAAAUCAGAGUUCAGCGAUGAGAACAUUGAAUUCUGGCUGAUCUGUGAAGACUACAAGAAGAUUAAGUCCUCCUUCAGGCUGUCCUCCAGGGCCAAGAAGAUCUACAAGACAUACAUUGAAGCUGAGGCUCCAAAAGAGAUCAACAUUGACCACAAGACCAGAGAUCUCAUCGGGCAGAAUGUGAAGACGCCCUCCACAGUUUGCUUCGACGAGGCCCAGAGGAUUGUGUACAGCCUGAUGGAGAAAGACUCCUACCCCAGGUUCCUCAGAUCCAACAUCUACAGGACCUUAUUGGACUCCGCAUCAGACUACACGAAGAUGUGAAUGAAUACCGAUGAUAGAAACUGAACUGAGGCUUCCAGCAAUGGACUGCAAUGUUUCACAGCCAGGGAGCUUCUACAAACAGGAUUCAUAAGAAGAUGCUUCCGAGUGUGAAUUAUACUGGGUACAGAUGUACGAGGCCGAAGGGAAUGCUGGGAGGAACAUACAGAAGUGACUGUGCUUGGCAAGCCUUCUUGACAUUUGUGUUUAGUCUAUGUACUUUCACUUGAAAGAGGAACAUAUGUCACAUAGAAGGGGACUAAAGAGAUCAUAGAAAUAUAAUGUUGAUUCUAUUUCUAUGACAGAGACAUGGUGGUGUCAGGAGAUUACCUUGCAUGGCAUGUUAUUGCUAGGGACUUUCUGUGUCAAAGUUCCGGGGAUGUUUACUAUGUAGGAUCUAAACAGUCUGGGCUGUAACUGUAUGAAGAGGUAUCUGCAGGUCCACAUAAUCUGCAGGUCAUCAGUUGAGUUAUAAGGCAUUUGAUAAGAUAAUCUACUAAAUUUGACUUUUUUUAAAACCACAAUUUUAGAAUGGGUAAUUUUGUUUACUUUAACACAAUGAGGCAUGUUUGUGAUGUAAGCUUUAAAAAAAUAACAUUAUGGAUAAUUGAUUUUGUGUAGAAAUUACUGAAUGUAAAAAAAUGCUGUUGAUACACUGGAAAUUUGUAAAAAAAAAAAAAAAAAAAAAAGAUUUCUAUAGGUGUAUUUAUAAAAUGGCACAUGGUUUCCAAAUUCUAACAGCUAAAUUAUACAUUUAGUAAAAACACAAAUUCACAAAAAUGUAAAUGCUUCAAACAUUCAAAGCACUUUUAAAAUAUCCUAAUAUUUGACUGCAUUUGUUUAAGACGCUUCCCAAACUUUACUGAAAGGGUAGAAGGGUGGAAAUAUGACAGGUACUUUUGGAUCUGGGUUGAGCAGGCAAAAGCAGGAAACAAGGGACUAGUUUCACCAUUUAAUACAUAAUAAGUAAUGGUUUACACGUUUACCUUUUCAUCCGUGGCCUUUCUCAUGGCCCAAGAACAUUUACAAACCAUGCAAUUUAAAAUGACACUAACAAACAAAUCAAAGUAAGCAAAAGGCACAGGAAGUGGGGCAGUCCAGGAGGCAGGUGUCCAUCUUGUUUUCGUCAAACUCACAAGAAUCCAUUUCCCUCCAUGAUCCCACUGGGCACAAACUGGUUGAAUCAACAUUGUUUCAAUGUAAUUUGUCAACUUAAUGUGAUGUGGAAUCUACGUGGAAAAUACAUUGGAUUCUAACAAACUGUUGUUUUGUGAAAUGUAUACCACGGGAUUAUGUCAUCAUCGUAGUCAAUUUUCAACAUAGUCACACUUUAUAUGAAAUAUGUUGAAUUUGUACCAUUGAAACAACGUCAGAUCUUCAACAUAAUAUCCCCUCUAAGAAGAAAAAAACAAUAGUCUGGGCUGUACCUCCUACUGGAGAGUUGAUCUAUCUAACCAAGCCCUGUUUAGAUAUUUGCCACUGACUACUUACUACCGAUGUGCUAUUGUGAGAAGGAUUGUUGAGAAAUCUCUACUGUUUCAUGUUUUGGUUGAUUUCAAAUGGAAUUUACAAGUUAAUAAUACAUAUUUUGGAUUCACUUCUUUAUCUCAACCAAAAAUCUAAGUUAAAGAAUAGAACUAAAUUAAAUCAAACUGUAUUUAAAGUGCAUUUCAAAUUUGAUUUAGUCCCAUUCUUUAACUUUGAUGUUUGGUUGAAAUGGAGAUGUGAAUCCAACAUAUCUAUUAACUUGUAGACAAACUAGGAUUAAAGACAGACUCAGUGGCACAGAUGGAACUAUCCAAGCAGAAGAUACUGUACAUCUCCUUCAAAUGUUGAUAUUUGGUUGCAUUGACAACAAAACAAUAUUCAUUAUCACUUUUGCAAUAGAGUAAAUAGCCAGUUAACAAGUUAACAAAUUAUUAGUUGGAUCCACUUCUCCAUCUCAACCAAAAAUACCAUUUCAAGAAUAGGAUGAAACCAGUGGCUCAGAUGGAACUAUCCAAGCAUUAGACACAUCUCCUUUAAAUGUUGAUAUUUGGUUAUGUUGUCAACCAAACUCAAUAUUACCAGUGCAAUACAGUAAAUAGCAUAUAGUUAAGGCUAUUUUACAAACUAAUGUAACCAUAUUUAUUCAACCUUAAAAUUAAUAACACAUCAUGGCCACAUGUUGUGAUAGAAAGCAUGCAUGUUCAAGAUAGCAUGCAAAGGAAAUCUUCACAAAUUCUAGAAUAAUCUGCAACGGCACUGAUCAUUUGCACCAUGUACUUUAAUGUAAUCUCAACUGCAAUCCAGGUUAUUUGGUUGUGCUAUUAGAUGUGACAAAAUAUAAAGUUGUUCAAAAUAUCUCACAUUGUAUACCCAUUGAGCUUUGUUGUGCUUUUAAAUGGUUAAAAGCGCAGUGAUAACACGUUAAGGUGAAAACUAAACCAAAAAUCGGACAUUUA